AUGUCACAAGAAGAAAAGCAUGGGCUUUUGAAUAAGUUGAAAAAGCCGUUCAGAUCCCACUCGAGAUCGUCGAGUAUUAAUUCAGAAAAGGCUCCUGGGAGUGCUGGUACUGCUGGUACUACUGGUACUAAAACGAGUAGCGGGAGCAAAAGGGGCACUUCGGGGGCUGCUGGGACCACUAGCGGUGGUUCUGGAGCAUCUGGGGUAGCUGGAGCAACCGGUAGAAGCUCAAUAGAGGAAUUGGCGUACCAAGAAGGGCGCAAAAGAGCUGAGCUCGACAGAAAAGGGGGUGUGAGCUCAGGAACGGGUUCUGGUGCAGGUUCUGGUGCAACAUUGGGCGCUGGUACCGGAGCUGGAGUUGGAGCAGGAGCAGGAGCUGCAGUUUCUUCACCAUCGAGUAAAAGUUAUAGAUCUGGACAUUCUUUCGACGAUGGAGACACGGUAUUGUCAUCUCCAAAGGGACGGGUUGUUAGACACCCACCUAAAAUCCACAGAGUACCCGUGGACAAAGAUGUGGGGGGCGACUUUGCCAAUCAAAAACUGCCAAUUGACGAGAGUUUGGUGAAUAAAGAUCAUUUUGGAAAUGGUAGUGGUGCUGGAACUGGAGCCGGCGCUACUGGAGCCUAUGGUUCUAAUACUGCUGGACAAUCUACUGGAACUGGAACUGGAGCCGGUUCUAGAGAAACCACUGGAGCCGGGGCUGGAACUGGAGCCAAACCCGCCACCGCUGCUACCGUUGGAGCUGCUGCUGCUGCUGGAGCCGUUGCAGGAGCUGCUGGAACCGCUGCAUACGCUGGAUCAAAAGGAAAGAAUAAUAGCGGAAACCAUGGAGUAAUUGAGAACGAUCGCCCUUCCUACAGUGAUGAUGCCAGUAAAAAAGAAGGAACUGGAGUAUUUUUUGACCCAAGAGACACACAAGGAGGUGUUUACGGUCAUAAUAACGGAAGCGAGAUGAGUGAAGCCACUAAGGCUGAAUUGAAUAGGCAGCGUAACUUGAAAACUCAUCCUUCGGCCUAUUAUGAAGAGCAGAGACAAAAGGAACAACAAAAUAGUGUCAUUGAUGACAUUAAGAACAGUGCAUAUAAUGAGGGUCAAGCCCAAGGUUCGCGUGAUGCUAAGACAGAACAACACCAAAAGGACCAAGCAGCUCAAGAAUCAGGCCAAGAAUCUUCUUCGAAAUACAACGACCCUGAAAAAGAGCAUGCAAAGAACAAGUCUGCUUGGAAUAGAGACGGAGUUACUACUGCUGCCGCAGAAGCUAGAGGUCAAAGUGGUACUAAUACCUCGAAUUCCCUGUACUCUGAAAGAGGUUUAGGUGCAGCAGCAGCUGGCGCUGCCGCUGGAGGUGCUGGAGCCGCUGGUCUUGCUGCUCAUUCCAAUAAGAAGAGCGCUGCCGAUAAUGCGUAUGGUUCAGGUACUGCUGCCGGUACUAAUAAGACUUACAGUACUGAUACCACCGCUGUAGGUGCUGCUAACGCUAGUGCUGACCUUUCUGACAGUGAUUACGAUUAUGAUAGACAAAUCAAAGAAUUAGAUAGAAGGAUUGCAUCUACCCAAAAAGAGAUUGACCAAGUUAAUGCUUCUGGUAGUGGUGUCUAUGGCGCAUCUGCCAGCACACCUAGCACUUCUGCUGGUACAUCUAGUGUCAGUAAACAAGCGUCUGGUACUGCGGGUUCUGGGCAAAUUGACCCAAGAACUACCGCAACUAGCGCCGAGCAAGAAAACUCUUCAAACAAAGGUCUUCUUGCUGGUACAGGUAUUGCAGCUGCUAUCGCAGGAGCUGCUGGCUAUGUUGGUCUCGGUGGUAAAUCCCAUGAAAAGGAAACUGUCGACGACGCAUAUGGUCAAGGGGUCAAAAAUGCAUCUGCUAAUACAGGAGCUUCUAAAUCAAUCUUGGAUGAAGCUUAUAAACAAGGUGUUAUUUCUGGAUCCUAUGACGCUGGGAAAGAGUAUUUUAGACAAGAAUCCAGUAAGAAGAAGUCUGCUGCUGGUGCUGCUGGAUCUAGUUCUACUGCACCUGGAACUGGUACUUAUAAGGAUAAGGAUGUGGCCACGACAGAUAUUUAUCUGAAAGAAGAUUCAAGCACUGUAGUAUCUAGUCAAACUAAUGCUUCAAAUGACGACUCGUCUAACAAAACUGGAAUUCUUGCUGGAUCUGGUAUUGCAGCUGCUAUCGCAGGAGCUGCUGGUUAUGUUGGCCUUGGCGGUAAGUCCCAUGACAAGGAGACUGUCGAUGAAGCCUACGAAGAAGGCAUCAAGGCUGCCUCUGGCUCGUCUAAUGUUGAUAAAGUGCACGAAACUAAAGCUGAAGCAUUUGUGAAAGAUCCCAACGCUGUUUCCAACACUGAUAGAACUGUUAGUCAAACCGAUCCUUCAUUUUCUAGCAAAGGAUCUAAUGCAGCAGCUGGUGCAGCAGGUGGAGGUGUUCUUGGUGCAGUAGCAGCAAUGGCAUCCAAUACUUUGGGCUUUGAUUCUGAUGAUAAUGUAGAUGACUCUAAGGAUCGUGCUUUAGUAAAGGAUUCUGCCUAUGAUACUAAGAAGGAUACCUUAGCAAAUGAUCCAACCAUUUCAAGUCGCGAUGCAGAAAUUAAUGAUGAUGGCACAUUAAAGCCUGGUGUCCUUGGUGGGGUCACUGGAGCAAUUAGUGCUGCUGGAGCUGUAGCUGCUGCUAAAGUGGGUUUGGGUGGUUCAUCCCCCUCAGAUAUUAUCAAUGAAGCUUAUGAAGCAGGUAGAGAACAAGGUAAUAUCAUUAAUGAAGCUUAUGAAGCAGGUAGAAAACAAGGCUCUAUUGGAUCAUCUUCGAGUAAGGGUGGUGCUUAUGGAUCGAGCGCUAGUUCUAAGACUUCUAGAUCGAUUGACACUCCACAAUUACAAGAUGUUGAUGACGAUGAUGACGAAGAAGAUGAAGACGAAGACGAAGAUGCAGCUGAAGCUAACACAACUACCAAUUCCACUAGAUCUGGCUUAUUUGCUGGUGUUUUUGGUGGUGCUGCUGCCGCAAUGGGAUUAUCGUCUCUUGAUAGAUCGGAUUCUAACAAAAGUGGUAUUGACCCAUCUAAGGUUGACAGUCAGAAGGAUACGGUUCCAAGAGAAGAUCUUGCCAAGGCUAACCUUGACAAUUCCUCUGGUAGUGGUAUUCUAGGCGCUCUUGGCUUUAACAAAUCUGGCGAACCAUCUUCAUCUCAAGGAAAUUUAAUUGAUGCUGCUGAAGAUGGUAGUGGUGAUGUCAAAUCUCAACCAAAACAUUCGACAGGUGCCAGAGCUCUUGAAAAUGAUGGUCAAAACACUUCGGGUGAUGGUGAUGGUGUUCAGAAAGUUCCUAAUUUGCCUUCCACCUCCACUGGGGGAAUUGACAGAUCAGAAAGCAACAAACCAACUGAAAGUUCAAGAAAGGAUACAGUACCAGACAAGGAUUUAGCCAAGGAAGGAACAACUGGUUCUAGGGACAAUGAUAAGUCUAGUUUGGGUAUCGGUGCUGCUGUGGGUGCUGCCGCCGGUGCUGCCGCCGGUGCCCUUGGUUAUGCUGGUAGUAAGAGCUCAUCUGCCCAUAAUGAUGGCAGCUUGAUUGACCCAGCGGCUAGAAACUUUGAAGAUGUGGCGAAGGCUCCUGCUCACGGUGGAGAUGCUGAAAGUGAAGGUAUUAAAAAAUCUCAUGAUGAUGUUGAAAAAUCAAAGGCAGAAGAUGAGCCAAAGACAUCACAUAACUUUAAACAAACUGAAGCAGAAGUUGCCGCCUACAAUAAGAAACAUGGAGUUACUGAUGACAAGAGAUCUUUAAUUGAAAUUGCUGAAGGUGCCUCUCCAGAAAUUAAGAAGAUGGAAGCCCACCAUGGUGCAUCAUCUGUUAGCGAAUCUAACGAAGACGGUAUUGCUGCAUCUGGCGAUGGAGUCCAACCUAUUCCAAAAUCUGUUCUUCAACACCAGAAUAGGUUUAUUGCAACCGGUGGUAGAGAAGGUGAAUUAAGCGAUGCUGUGGGUUCAGAAUCUUACUCUAACACAAGUGAACUUGAUGCCAAAAAAAAAAGUUUGACCAAUGAAAAUGUAUCUCUGGAAUCUUCAAGUGAUAAAUCUAGCAAUCGAGGUCUUAAGGGUGCAGCAGCAGGUGCUGCUGCAGGCGUAGCAGGCGCAGUGGGUUUAUCAUCUGCGUCAGAUAAGCACAACGCCAAUUCGAAAGAUACUGAAUCGAGUACUUUGGCUGGUGCAAAUAAACCACAUGGCUCUAACAGAGAUGCAGACUACUCACAGGAUAGAGAAGUUGAUAGAAGAGUCCAAGAACCAUCUACUUCAACCAAAGACCCAACUGGAGUAGCUACUGGUGCUGGUGUUGGUACUGGUGCUGGUGCUGCAUAUGGUGCAAGUCAAGGAUCUAACACUGGUAAGAAAUCUACUACUACAUUGAGCGAGAAGGAGUUAUAUGAAUAUUAUGAGGCAGGUAUCAUUCGUGGUUCAUACGAAGCUGGGCAGAUUUUAGGUGCUGAGGAAGCAAGCUUAGCUACAUCGAAGGCAGAUAAUGCUCAGCAAGACGUAAGUGAUUCCAAAUCCUCUGGUUAUGGUAAAGCGGCUGCUGGUGCUGCUGGUGCUGGUGCCUUAGGUGGUGCCGCGGGAUAUGGUUUAGCCUCGUCAGGUAGAGACGUUAAUGCUGAACCAUCUGCAAAUGCUUAUGACUCUCAACCUAAAGCCUCUGAGUAUGACACGUAUGGUCAGACCACAAAAGAAAGCUCCCAUGCUAAGGGUGUUGAAGAAGGUGCAUACUCUAAGGGUGUUGAACAAGGCGCUUACACUAAAGGCGUUGAAGAAAGUGCAUAUUCUAAGGGUGUUGAACAAGGUGCGUAUGAAUCUGGUAAAAUCGAAGGUAAACAUAGUUCAGCUAGUAAGAAUGCUGCCAUUGGUGCCGGUGUUGGUGCUGGCGCAGGCUUAGCUGCUGGAACCGCAUAUGGAACAACCCAUGACAAAUCUAGUAAGCAAACAGGCAGCACCUUAAAUGAUAACGAAUUGUAUGCCUUCUAUGUUGCUGGAAUUAUUCAAGGUUCAUAUGAAGCAGGACAGAUCGCCGGAGCUGAAGAUGCAAGCUUGUCUUCGAGCCAAGCUGAAAAAUCUCAAUCUGAAGCUUCUCAUGGACAUGGUCUUGGUACCGCUGCUGCUGCCGGAGUAGUAGGGGCUGGUGCCGCUGGAGCUGGAGCUGCUGGUUUAGCAGCAAGUUCCAAGAAUAAGGGUGCCGAGGAAAGCAAUUUACUUGUUGAAGUUAUUGGUGUCAAAGAUGAGCAGGCUGCUUCAAAGAUUGCUCAUCAAGCAUCGAAGGAACUUAGUGCUCAAGGAGUUGAUUUGACACAUGGUAAAUUAGUAAUUAACACUCAGACGAAGGAGGUUUAUAAGACUGAUGAUGUUAAUGAAAAGGUGGGUGCAAACACCGGCAGUCAUUCUGGCAGGAAUGCUUUGGCAGGUGGUGCUGCAGGUGGUGCUGCAGGAGCAGGUUUAGGCCAUUCAGUCAGUGACAGACAAGGUGGUCUUUCUCCUAGAGGAAGUCAGAAAAAUUUUGAAUCAACCAAUCCAAAUGAUCACCAUGAUGAACAUCAGAAAGCAAAGGAAAGAUUAUCCGCUGCAGCCAAUGCUGGUGUUUUAGGUAACGUUCAGCCUUCAGGAACACAAGCUCACCAUGAAAGAGAGUAUGAUCCUUCUGCUGGACAAUCACAAUCCCAUCACGAAUCCCAUCAAGGCUUGAAAGCUGGCGCCGCUGGCGCAGGUCUUGGUGCAGCUGGUGCAGCAGCAGCUGCUGCUGCCUACGGAUCUCAUUCCCGGGAUACUGGUGCUAAAGGCUACGAAGGUGGAGUCUCAUCAUCUAACAGAACUACUGGUAACUAUUCGGCAAAUGACCACCAUAGUUCUACUGGUCAUUCCGGUCAAGGAAUUUCUAGUCGUGAAGCUACGGGUCCUGGUGUCUCAAGCCAGGGGGCUGCUGGUCACUCUGAUAGAGAUACAGCAGGAUCCAAACCAUCAGAUGGUUCAGAUAUUGUGGUUACAGUUCAAGGUACUAAGGAUAACGCAGAAGCUACCAGAAUUGCAACCCAAACUGUUGAAGCUCUUAAGAAACAACCUUCCGUGUUAGCAUCAGUUAAGGAAUUGAGAAUUGAUGCUAAUACUGGUAUUGUUACAAAUGAGCACGGCAAGAGAAUCGAUUUAAACCCAUCAAGUGGACGUUCUCACCAUGAAACCCAAGAUGCAAGUGCUCAUCAAGGUAGUGGUGCUGGAUCUGCUAUUGGGUUAGGUGCCGGUGCCGCAGGAUUAGGUGCAGCCGGUGCCUAUGGUGCUCAUAAGCACUCAGAAAAAACAGGUACUAAUCAACAGCAGAGCUACCAAGACACCCAAAGCUCCAGAUCGGGUGCAUAUGGUGCUCAUCAAGCUGAGACUCAACAAGGUUAUCAAGACUCCCAAAACUCCAGAUUGGGAGGCUCUGGUACCAAUAAGGGUUAUGAAGAUGCCUACCAAAAUAGAUCUAGAGGCACUGAAUCUAGUACUUCUACAGGUUUAGGUGCUGCCGGUGCUGCCGGUGCUGCCGGCGCUGUCGGUGCUGUUGGUGCUCAUAAGUAUUCACACCAAGACACUCAAAACUCCAGAUUGGGUGGUAAUGGUGACAUCUAUCAAGAUGCAUAUGAUGAAGGCUAUAAGCAAGGCUCCUACAGAAAAACCGGAACUUCUAGUUACGAUUCCGCUAAUGUCGCUGGCUCCAACUACAAGUCUACUCGUGACAACGCUCCAGAUCAAGUUGCUCCGACUACGGCUACUCAAACAUCGACCCAACCAGAAUCAACCGGAUUACGUAUGCCUGGAAGCUUCUUCUAG